AUGGUGAAGUAUUCGAGGGAGCCCGACAACCCCACCAAAUCUUGCAAAGCCAGGGGCUCCGAUCUCAGAGUUCAUUUUAAGAAUACGAGAGAGACUGCUCAUGCAAUUAGGAAAUUGCCUUUGAUCAAGGCUAAAAGGUACCUGGAUGAUGUCCUUGCCCACAAACAAGCCAUUCCAUUCACACGAUUCUGUCGUGGAGUUGGGCGCACUGCUCAGGCAAAGAAUCGUCAUUCAAAUGGACAAGGACGUUGGCCAGUUAAAUCAGCAAGGUUUAUUCUAGAUUUGCUGAAGAACGCUGAGAGUAAUGCUGAAGUGAAAGGCUUGGAUGUGGAUUCACUUUACAUAUCUCACAUCCAGGUUAAUCAAGCACAGAAGCAGAGGCGUCGCACAUACCGUGCCCAUGGAAGAAUCAACCCGUACAUGUCAUCUCCCUGCCAUAUCGAGUUGAUUUUGUCCGAAAAGGAAGAAGCUGUCCAGAAGGAGCCUGAGACUCAGUUAGCUACAAGGAAGCCAAAGAAGAAUCAAGCAUUGCGCAGUGGAGCUUCCUCUUGAAUCAAGAGUGUAGUCUGAUUUUUCAAAAAGUGAAGAAUUUCCUUUUUGUCCCCAGUAUCAUGAAACCUGCUUUUGUGUUGCUUUUUAAGGAUUUGUUAUUUGAAGUAAUUUUAUAUUAUCUUUUCUGAUUUCAGAACUUAUGCUGAAACAUAUAUUAGUUCAUUAUUGAGUAGUUUAUCAUUUUUGGCUGUGGAGGGAGAAAGCUGUGUUAUUUUCUGUGGAAUUUUGCUGGCAGCCAGUGGUGUAUGAUCCAUUUAAUAUAAUGGGUGGAUGGAUGGAAAAGGGGAAGAAUAGGUAAAAAAAAUGAUGUUUUGUUGGGAAGAAAAGGUGGAUGAAUUAGUUUUUCUUCAAAUUUUUUGAAAUCUAUCUUCAUAAAAUU